UUGAGUUGACCGCGUUGCACGAGACCGCGCCACGUGGAAAAUAGGUCAACAGGACAGGGCAUCGCAUCCCAGCCAGCAAUGUCAUCGAUCAGCAGCCUUGGGGCCGAGAAACCGCCAUCCGCCAUGGCAGUGGCAGCUGCUACUAAUAAUUCUCCGAGGCUCGUUGAUGGCAUCAUAAAUCAAAAGACUGAGUCAUCCAUGCCGCCAAUGGGGCCGCCGCCGGAAGUGCCAAGCGCUGGCCUGCAGUUUCCGCUGUGCCGAUGGGUCACGCGUUCGCGAUUCCCACCGAAUCAGUCAGAGCAGCGCCGUCAGUGUCAGUGCCACCAAAAUGCAAAAAAGAACACGCCACCAAGAGGAAUAUACAAACAAUAUGUGCACCCAGCAGACGCUCAAAAGUUUCCCAUGCAAAGAAAUGUUUACCAGGUGAAACGGCGGCGCUUUCCCUUGCGUCUCUCUCGGGGAACGGCUCCUCCCAGCCUUCCCGUUUCGGAGGAAUUCAAGAGAUUUCCCAUCGGAUCUCAGGUGCCUGACGCCUCGAUCACUCUCACCUUUCCCGAACUGGGCCAAAUACCGAAGAGGAAUGCCAGUUCUGCAAUUCGGCAAGCAGCCAUGACCACAACCACAGCGAUGACUCGACGGGGGCAGGUGCGGGUGCCACCCGCGGCGAAGGCGCCCCAAGAAUUUCCCAUAAUUAAAAAACGAUUUGUUAGCUUUCCCAAUCAUCAUCGAACGAUGGUCAAUGGCCAGGGCGACGGCAACGGCAACGGCGGGGGGCAUGGAGAUCCAAGCGGUGGGAUAAAGAUGCUGUCGUGGCCAACGGAUGUGGUGCCCACACCACCACCAACAACAACAAUGACGCAGAUGAGCCGCGACACAAUCCCCAAAAUAGACACGGAUCCGCAAUGGACAGGCGGAGAAGGUGCUGCCACCGCCACAAAUGAUGAUGAUGAUGUACAUAAGGUGUUUGAUAAUGAACUCGAACCUCAUGGGCGUCGGCCGGGGGAGACAGCAGCAGCAGCAGCAGCAUUAAACUUGAACGUGCCCGAUGCCGAUGCCGAUGCCGAAGGUGUUGGCGAGCAGAAGGAAAUCGAGCAUCAACAGGCGGAAAAUUUUAAUGACGCCUUCGGCCAGCGACACGACCACGACCACAACGACAGCGAGAACGACGGCGACGGCGACGGCGACUACGCCAUGGAUGUGGAUGUGCCCAAAAAUAAACACGAAAUAUGCGAGCAAAGCAAAUUAGAGAAGGUCUUUGGGGAGGCGGAGGCGGAGAUGGAGCAUGGGCGGGCCGAAGAUCAUAAUGAGCUAAAUAUGACUAAAGAGGGGAGCAACAAUUUAGCACAUGAAGAGCAGCAGCCACCACAGCAGAGGCAGAGGCAGAGGCAGCAGCAGCAGUCAAUAUGUUUAGCCGGGGAGCAAACAAUAGAUGCGAAUGGGCAUGAGGCGACGGCUGCCUCCACCAGCGCCAGCAGCCACAGCAACCACCAGCGGCAGCAGCAGCAGCAGCGGCUGCGGCGGCAGCUGCCCGUCGAUCUCUCAGACGCGCGCGAAACGUCGCCAAAGCAAGUGGACGAUCCGAAUCAGAUCCGAAUUCCGACUCAUAUUCGUCUAAUCGACGGCGCCAGCAGUCACGUUCAAUCGGAGCACGGAUCAUUGGGCAGUCGCAGUCGCAGUCCCAGUGCCGGGCCAGAGACAGUAACGCGUCCAAAUAUAGAACUACUGAAGCGUUCCGUUCGCGCUUUCCUCGCAGAGGGUGCCGUCGCCAGCCGCACCGCAGCGCCACCGCAGCUCGACUUUGAGCUGAUUGAUCUGCUGACCGACGCAAUCGAGUUCCUGUGCGAACCCACCACAACGGGCAACCUUUGGAGCGCAGCUGAGCCACAGGCAGAGGCAGAGGCAGAGAUAGAGACAGAGGCAGAGCCAGAAGCGGGAGUGGGAGUGGAGCAGAGUGCGGACAUGACUGUGAGCAAAGUGAGCGAGGAUCGGGACAGUGAAACAAUCGUCGUUGCCGACGUUUAUCUCGACCAAGUCGAUCAGCCCACUGAGGUGGAUGACAACAACAACAACAGCAGCAACAGCAGCAGCAACAACAGCAGCGGUAGCCCUGUCAAUGCCAGCAGCGAGAUGAAGUACGAACUGAAGACUGCAUCCACUGCAACACUGCCAAGCAGACGUCUCCCCACCACCGUCCUGAGCAGCACCCCCCUGAGCAGCACUCCAAUACCAGGAGUCCCGACACUGGCAGCCCCGCCCACAAGUCGCUUCCACCAGCCGACCAGUCGUAUACGCAAUGUGGAUGCAGUGCCUGCCCCCAUCACACCCCUCCUGCUGGGUGAACAGCUGAAGCGCAGCUCCGCCAGCCGCGACGACAUCUCCAUAGACCCCGACUCAGUGCUGCCAGAGCGGACGCGUCUGCGUCGACAGCGGCGCAUGCGCUCGCAGGACUCGGUGGAGGAGAAGCCCGAGGAUGUCAUCGAGCGGCUGAACAAGCUCAAGGCCCGCAUAUCGGGAGCGCUCAGUGAGGUCAAGGGCGUUCUCAAGCAGUACAGCACCGAGAGCGAGGCGGAGGCCGCCGGCGAGAAGUGGCUGGGGCCACCAGCGUCACCGUCACCCAAACCAGCAGCUGAGAGCGAAAGUGGAGCAGCAGGAACAGCAGCAGGUACUCCUCCGGUGACAUUCCGUUUUGUGAGCAAGGUGCGACGUCGCAGCUACUUUGACGAGGCAGAGGAGGAGAAGGAGGAGCAGGAGCAGGAAAAGGAAGCCACUAAAGAAGACGUCAGGGAGAAUCAUGUACCGAAACCUGCCACAGAUCUCAAGGAGCAAAAGGAUGAGCCAAAAACCGCCGAAAGGCAAGAAAAUUCAACGGAGAUCAAGCCAACAAAAACUGAGGAACCCGCAACCAAAUCCCAAGAUGAAGGCCUGAAAGCUUCAGCUGCCUCUUCGGAGCCACCGCCUGUCAAUGGAGAGCCAUCCAAGGCGAAAGUGCCCGAGAAGAGCAAAGCCCAGGCCAAAAUGGACUUCCUGGCCAAAGUGCAAAGUGAACUGAGGGCAAAGUCCGUGAAAGAACCUAAGCAAUCUCCCAGAGCGUCCGCCACCCCAGAGGAGACUCUGACACCAGCGGAACCCGCACACAAACCAACAGAAGAGCCAACGCCAACCGCAAUCGCACUGCCAAAUGAGUCAGCCACGCAGCCAGCGGCCAAGUUGGAUGCGCCAGCGAGCGUCAAGACCGUCAAGACCGUCAAAAAGAAAGUCGUGGUAAAGGCAAAGGUGAAUCCCCGACGCGCCUCAAUUGCAGCGGUGGAGCCAUCCAAGAUCAAGAUCGAGCCGGCAGUCGAGCAGAUCGAUGCACUCAUCGCACAAAGGCGACCCUCCGACUCGGAGGCGAUUGUCAAGCGCAAGAAGAAGCAGAAAUUAAUGAGCAGCAUUGCAGCAGCAGCAGCAGCGCCAUUAACUUCCGGCAAUCAGAAGGAGGCGGAGACGGCUACGGCAACGGCAACGGCAACGGGCACGGCCGACUCUAUAGCCGAGGAGACAGCGGUCAAGCCAGAGCCCCUGGCUAUAGCAAAAAGUGAACAAUUGGCGACGGCAGAGGUCAAUGCGGUGGCAGCUAAAAGCGAAACGAAGUCGGCUGCCAAAAGCCGCCAAGGAGAUGAAGCGGCGACGAGACCAGCGACAAGUGCCACUGCAACAGAAGCAGAAGCUGCAAAGGCCCAGCCAAAACGAUUGCAGAUCGAUGAGGCUGCUGCCCCUGCGAUUGCCAAUCAAGCGCCAGCCAGCGGACGAGGCAGACGCGCAAGCCUGAAACUAGCGGAGUUGGUAGGCGAGACGGUGCUGGUGGUGCCGGCAUCAAGUGCAUCCGCAGCCACAUCCCCACCCACGACCAGCCCAGACCCAGCAGCGACAGUGCCUGCAAUUAUCAGCUCAUUAAGCGAGUCCAAAGAACCCAUUAAUCAGUCGGCAGUUGUACCGGAGAUUGCCAUUCCUUUCGAGACGCAGGUGGAAGCAACGCCCCAACAGGUGGCCAUCGCUGCUGACAUUGAAGGCGCCGCCAGUGCCGCCAGUGCCGCCUCCGUCGUCGACCAGUCAGCGCCACAAAUAGCAGCGACAUUGAGCGAAGUGCCGCACGAAGAGUCAUCGUUACAGCAACAACCAGAGCCGCAGCUGCAGCCACAGCAGAGCCAAUCCGGGGAAGCUACAAAAGACAACGCACAGGCGCAUACUGGCAACAGUCUUGCCACCAUGCCGGAGCUGAAAGUACUUGCGGGCCCGGUGCAGCCCGUGAAGAUCGAGACCGUCGAGCAGCCGCACGAUGGGGAUAAGGACAAGUCGGAUCACCUGUCCGUCAUCAAGAAGAAGUCUGCGCCGCACCUCAAGAAGCUGGUGCGCAAGAAUUCCAUAGACAAAGCGCGGGAGAAGGACAAAGAGGAGCCCCAGGACACCAGAAAGCUGAGCAACAUACUCCGGGACAAGAACAAGAUCAGCGAGCUCUCCUCGAGAAUCAACAAGCUAACGCCGCCCAAGAAGCAGGUCAAGCAGGGCCAACUCGAGCCGGCGCCUGUCGCCCUGCCGGAACAGGAAAAUGUGAAGGCCGAAGGAGAAGCUCCAAGCGGGGAGAUCAACCAAAUCGAGCCCGAGCCAGAGCCGGAGCCGGAGCCAGAGCUUGAGGCAGAGCCGCCCACUCCCCCGCCAAAGAAGCCGCGCAAGAUCAAAAAGAAAGUGAUCAUCAAGCGGCAGAAGCGACGCCUCUCCAUCAGCGACACAUUCUUCAUCCAGCCGGAGCCGGAGGAGCCGAAAGAGCCCGAGAUCGAGACCAUCGAGAAGGCCAUUGCCUAUGUGACCGACGACGAGGACGACAAGCAGCAGCCGGAGCAAGAGCAGGAGCCAGUGCCGGUCAAGCCGCUAAAGUCCUGCCUGCACGUGCGCGAAUACAAGAUCGGGGAUCUGGUGCUCUACGCGGAGCGCUUUCGCAAGACGCAAGUGCGCUGGAAGCGCGGACGAGUCCUCGACAGGAUUACGGGCAUCUCGUACAAGCUGGAGAUCGAGGGCAAGGAGGUGGCCGCCCACGUCAGCUACAUCAAGAAGUACACGGGCCGCAAGGUGCGGUUCGGCAACAAGGAGUACCUGGAGAUUGACUACGAGCAGGUGGCCGAGGAGGAGCGACGGGCGGCCAGCUACAGCAUAUGGAAUAUGGUGUAGAGUGAGUGUCCCACUGUGAGUGUCCCUGUGUCCCUGUUUCCCAGUGUCCCUGUGUCCCAGUGACCCAGUGUCCGCCCCCCAUCGUCUCGUCUUGCCUUUGAGUAGAAUUAAAAAAUUGUUUUCAUUCAAGGAAGGAUUUUUUAAGGAUCUCAACUCGACAUUCAAUUAUGUUAUAGUCUUUCGUCUCUAGCUAGUCGUAUGUGUAAUCUUCCUGUAAAUAGAUUAGCGUUAGUUAACCUAAAGAUAGUCGCAGCCACGAGUAGUAGAAGGCCAAAAUUUGAGUGUAAAUUAUUCCAGGAUCAGUUGAUGGAGCCACCAACUGGAGUUCUAGUCGAUUUCGAUGUUUCCUUUCGUUUAACGCUUUGGAGAGUCUACAUUUUAAGUACUUAUGUGUAAUUAUAAACAAACAAACCAAUUUAAUGUUAAAUAAAGCCGAAAAAUAUUUCAGAAA